ACACGAGGACGCGAACGACUUCCGGGGUCACGGGACUGCGGACAGCCGCGUUUGCAGAUGUACGCGUUCUUUCUGAGAAUUAAAGAUGAUAAUAUGCAUUGAAUGCGAAUUGAAGUCAGAUGUUUGACCGAUAGAGCGUUUGAAGAGUCUCUCGGCUGAGAAAAACCGCUGAGGUCUGCCCCCUGAGCUUCACAUCGGCGAUCAUGGCUGAUGAUCCUCAGAGGAACUUUCGCUCGGCGUAUUAUGAGAAAGUGGGUUUCAGAGGAGUGGAGGAGAAGAAAUCGCUUGAGAUCCUGCUGAAGGACAAUCCUCUGGAUGUGGAGAAGCUGAGCACCUUCAGUCAGAGGUUUCCGCUGCCCUCCAUGUACCGGAUACACGUGUGGAAAGUCCUGCUGGGCAUCCUGCCGCCCCACACGGACUCUCACGCGCUGGUGUCUCGCUAUCGGCUCGAGCAGUUCGAGGACGUGAGCGGCGCUCUGACGGCCAUGCGCUUCGUCCACGCCUCCACCCCGGCCACGGAGCUCUACCUGCGCAUGUACCAGCUGGAGAGCAGACAGCUGCCCCGCAGGAGCGAGCUCAGGCCGCCGGUGAGGAGCUACGGGAUUGAUGAUGAGGAUGAAAACUUCCUGUCUAUCAGCAGAGCGAUGGAGGAGAUCGUCGAGGACCCGGUCGACUGCUACUGGCUCGUCAGGUGCUUCGUCAACCAGUUCAAGAUCAAGUUUGGAGACUCCGUCCCUCACCUGCCGAAGAGUUUGGAGCACUUCCUGUCUCAGGAGGACGCAGCUCUUCUGGCUCAUCUGAAGGUGUCCGGCGCCCUGCACUCGCUGCCGUACUGUCUCUGGUUCAGACGCUGCUUCGCUGGCUGUUUACCCGAGUCCAGCCUGCAGAGGGUUUGGGAUAAAGUCAUCAGCGGCUCCUGUAAGAUCCUGGUGUUUGUUGCCAUGGAGAUUCUGCUCAGCUAUAAGAUCAUGCUGAUGGGAAUGAAUGACCCGGAUGGAGUUUACAACUUCCUGUCUAACAUGCCGCAGGAGAACACGGACGCCAUCGUCACUAAAGCCAUCGACCUGUGGCACAAGCACUGCGGGACGCCCAUGCACUCUGUCUAAUUCAUCCUCUCCAGCUGUGUUUGAGAAGCUGCGUACGUCAUUCAGGACACGCCUCCCGCUCUCUGAGCCAAUAGCAGCAGCGGAAGAGAGACCGGAAACAGAAACGCAUCAAUCUUGCGUGCGUGCGUGUGUGUGUGUGUGUGUGCGUGCAUGUGUCAUUUUACACCCUUAUGUCGUUCCAAACCUGUACGAGUUCAUAUGUAAGAUCAGGAAAAGUGCUUCAAGUCUCAAAAAUCAGGGGGAAAAAAAAUGGCAUGUAGGCUUGGAACAAAUGAAGGUGAUAAAGUCAGAUUUUCUAUAUAUAUAUAUAUAUAUAUAUAUAUAUAUAUAUA